AUGAGCAUGAAGCAUCGAAAGGCAUUGCUGGCGCUUCUUGCGCUCUUCGACCCAUCCUCCGCCAUUCCAUACCCCACCUCCUCCGUUUUCCUAUCUGCGCAACACAAUAACUCCCUCGCAUACAUCCUCCAACCUAGCGCGUCUGGGGAAACCGAGUUUCUCUCCCUCAACUUGUCCAGCAGUAUCGAUACCCACAAUCUGUCAUACAACACUUUGCUGAAAAGUACGCCGUUUCACAAUGACGAGCAGAACUCAAGUUUUAUUCCGGCAGUCGAUGACCAAGGCCGCAUCACAGUCUACACAGGCAAUUGCCAUAGCGUAUCCGAUGACCCGAUAUUAUGGAAAUUCCAGCCCGACAGCGCCAAUGCAGACGGCAAUGGGACUUGGAAUAAAGCCCCAGUGAUCGCCCGCGAUACAGAGGCUGCUCCAAAUUAUCUGGCGGCGGGGUUCACCUUCUCGUCAUCCAGCAACCCCGGGGAAAGCGCCAUGUACGUUUUUGGCGGAAUGUGUCCAUUCAAGAACAGCACAGACAGCACCUGGGUCUCGGCAGCAAAUUACUCCCAGUCGAUGGUUAUGUUAGGCCCACAUCCAUACUACAGCACCAAGCACCGUGCGACCAUUACCGGUACUCGCGCAACACCUAUCGCAGAGGCUGGCAUGGCCGUCGUACCACUCCCGCCUAGCUAUACUGUGGGAUCAAAGUUGAAGCAGCAGGACUUUCUGUUCAUUGGUGGUCACACCAGAGAGGCAUUCCUGAACAUGUCACAACUGGCGGUCUUCUCGCUCCCGCAGCAGAGUUGGAGCUUUGUUUCCGCGGUCUCAGAUUCGGAGCUGAGGACUGAGCUGGCUGUGAGGGAUGUGGCACCCGUCGAGCCGCGCUCUGGCCACACUGCUGUUCUAUCAGAAGAUGGAACUAAAGUGUACGUGGUUGGGGGUUGGGUUGGGAAUGAGACUGUCCCUGCAGAUCCGCAAUUUGCAGUUUUGGAUCUCGCAGAAGGCUUGGGGGGAGCGAAUGAUUGGACUUGGAUGACACCCUCCUCCGAAGGAUUAGGCAUUCCCGAAGGUGCUGGCAUUUUUGGACAUGGGGCCGCGAUGCUCCCUGGGGGUGUGAUGAUGAUCCAUGGAGGUUACAGCAUCCCAAAGUCUUCCUCGAAAAGGGCCUCGAUGACUGCACAGUCGAACUCGCAGGUCCAUCUUUACAAUGUAACAUCCAACAGUUGGAUCACGUCGUACCGCAACCCUGCUGCCAAAUCCUCAAUUGCGCCCGCCACCCACAACCAUAAGCUUUCCUCAUCCCAGAAAGCUGGAAUAGGGGUUUCACUGGGCAUUGGAUUGCCUGCUAUCAUUGUUAUCGCUUUGUGCACAUGGAACUACCAUCGAAAGCGCCGCGUCAAAAGCAAGCGAGACUCACAGCUGCGGGAACUUGCUCUGGGAGCGGAACGCGCUCACUUCUGGGAUCAAGGGGAUCAGGCCCAAGCAAGCAGCAUUCGCAGCUCUAGAAUGAGCGAGAAGAGGGGCGCAUCUGGUUACUACAGGUCGACAAAUCGCGGACAGGCGACGCCAUCCGGCUGGAACGAUCAAGGCGAAGCCGCAGCAGAGAGGACUGAACUGCUCGGGGAUCAGUCCAGUCCGGUCAAGAACAGCCGACCUCCUGUGAUGCCUCCCGUGAACCGGCGGGUGUCGUCUCGAAGGGGCGAUGCUGUCAGCGAUAUCUCCCCAAUUUAUGAGCGCGAGGAAGAUGACGCAGGCUUCCAAGACCGUCUCAUGGCCACCGUCCCACGAAGCGAAGAGACUACGACAGGAGGGCCUGAAGACUCGUUUGCAAAUACCCCCUACGCAACUCCUCGGAGUACCAUCUUUGGCGUUGGCCUGGGUCCGUUCUACAGCCGGCGAAAGGAUAUUGAUUCUGUGGAACCGGAGUUCGUGCCAAAGAGCGAACGGACAACUACUGACUUGUCAGACCGCUCAGCCUACUCCUUUGAGCCCUCCCAGCCUGCGGGAAGAGUUCUCCAAACAAGAGCCAUGUUUGCAGACCGACCCUUGAGUUGGGGCAGCGGGCGCCAAUCACUGGAAUAUCAGGCUGAAGCUUCAGCACCCAGCGUCCCAGAUGGCAGAGCGCCCUCAGAAACGUCAGUCUCAGCAGACUCCUUUUCAACUGCCCCGUCGAAGCUGUCCCAUCGUCAAUCGGAGAAUGAGUCCCUACUGUUUGAUGCAUUCGACCCACUUACACCUCUGACCCCCAUCGAGCCUUCAUCGCCCUCCAAAUUACCCCGAGAAUCGAAGCCCAAAGCCUCUGACUGGGUAAUGAACACCAUGCGCCGGGCCCUGACAUUGUCUCGCCACAGCCCCGACGACAAACCAGAUCUUAGUUUCGGCGAUGCCAAAACAGCGCAUCGUGCCUCCGGCAUUGACCGUCGCAGCACCAUUCUCGAGUCUGGCCAACAAACCCCAGGCUCAGGCUCAGGCAUCAGCUCACCGCGUCGAGCUGUCAGCGCUUCGGCCGAAUUAUUCCGCCGCAAGCAGGGCGCCAAAGAUUGGAACGCGCGCAAGAGGGCCUCAGAGAACGUCUUCGACACUGGCCCGUCCACGUACGAUGAUAUCUUCGUCGGUGCACCUGGAUACCUGGGUAACGACGUUGGCGACGACGACGACGAGGCUGAUGUCCAUGACUGGGACGUUGAGGGCGCUGCCGCGGGCCGGCGAGUCCAGGUGGCUUUCACGGUUCCAAAGGAGAGGCUUCGUGUUGUCAAUGCCACUGCUGGUGAUAUGGAUGGUAUCUCCGAGCGCUCUGUCAGUGGGGGAAAUGGGAAUCGGAGAGUUAGCCACUAG